AGCAACUUUCAUCAUCAUUAGGACUGUAGUUUUUCAAGUAACAUUGUUUGAAAAGCAUAAUUUUCUCUGUAGAGGUUUGAUGAUGCAUUUCAAUAGAUCCUGCUAUUUGAUCCUUAUAACUUGUUCUGUGUAUUUGAAUGGAUCCUGCCUGGAAUCAGGUUGUUCCUGUCCUAUCAUUUCCGAGCUGCGGGCUAAUGUUGCCAAGCAAACACUUGAAUUGAGGUGGCUGGUCAAUGACACUGCUGUAGAUACUUAUGAAAUACAGGUCGGACGCACUGAAAACUUCACUGUCAUUCACAGCACUAAUGUCAGUAGCUCUACUGUGAGCAGUGACUCAGUGUUAACAUGGAGCUGGGUGUCUACGUUGCCUUUACAAUGUGCCGACCAUUCGGUAAGAAUACGAAGUUUCUGCAACCACUCAAACCCAAGUGACUGGACCCAAUGGAAGACAAAUUACGGUGCCCAAGAGACAGUGGACAGAGUUUGGAAACACACUACAAUGUUCCCUAAACAGCAAGUGUUGAAGGAGGGCUCUACCAUCUUGUUCUGCUGUGUCCCUCCUAGAGGUGUCCACAUCACCAAUAUGGCCUUUAACUCCACUAGCUACCCCCUGAUCAACAUUACCCACAGAGUCAGAGCAAUCAACGUCCACAAUCUAAACAUCACACAGGCAUCAGGCUCUGGAGUGUACUUUUGGUGUGAAGAUACAACAGAGGAGAAGAAUAACUACUGCUCCAACUUCAUCAGCUUUUCCCCCCAAAGACCAGAGAAUCUGACCUGCAGUACUGAGGACCUGAGAGCUAUUACCUGCACCUGGACGCCUGGUAGACCUGCUAACCUGUUUAGAUUUUACAGACGUACACACACACUCUAUAUAGAGAACUCAAGUCAGCGUCCUAUCAAAUGUGGUGAGUCAUCCUGCAGGUUACAAGCUGUCCCAGGCUUAGAGCAUUACCAGGUAUCAGUGGUGGUCAGAAAUCAGCUUGGAGAGGAAAGACAGAGAUAUAGCUUCAACAUCACUGACAGAGUGUUCCCUGUUCCAGUGGAUGUGAGAGUGAGUCCAGGGGUGGACAAAGCCGACGUGUCGUGGGUUUUGAGGGGGAACCUGUCUGGGUUGGGUAUUUUCUGCCAGGUCACGGCAGACCAGGUAAAGUCUAGGAGACAGGCAUGCAAGGCUAAUGCAGCAGACCCACCGAGAGCAUUAAUGCGUCAAGUGGGCCAUGGAGGUUUGGACAACCAAUAUAAUGUCAGCCUGGACAAUCUUUUGCCAAACACCCACUAUGCCACCAGGGUGUGCUGUUCUGGGAAAGAGAACCAAGAGGGAAAGUGGACGCAACCCAUGCUUUUUACUACAUAUCCGCUAGUGACACUGGAUGUAUGGAGAAGGAUUGUAGAGCUUUCCCAUGAUCGGCGCAAAGUCACUUUGCUCUGGACCUCGCAAAUCAGUGGCUCUGCAUCUACUGUAAGAAUCCAGUACUACCAGGUACUCUGGAGCCAGAAUGGGGGCCAGUGGAUCCAACAAAGGGUCAGGGAGCAGACACAGACAGAGAUAGCCAUUGGCCCAGGGCAGUGUGACAUCAUCAUCCAGGCUGUCAUUAGAACUGGCUCCUCCCUCCCUGCCCAUAUCACCAUACCUCCGGUAGAGAGAGAUGGUCAGUUAACAGCAGGUUCUCAUCGGAUUGUCAUGCUCAUGGCAGGAAGUGCCGAUGGAGGGUUUCACCUCUUAUGGGAAGAGCAAGAAGAUGUCACUUGUGGGUACACUGUGGAGUGGUGUGCACUGGGAAACGGAGUACCCUGCAACCUGCAAUGGAGAAGGGUGCCAGUGGGAAAGACAUGGGUGUCCUUGCGAGCAGGCUAUUUUAAACCAGGGCGAAGGUACAACUUUGAUAUAUAUGGCUGCACUGACGAAGGAGACAAGCUACUGGCGAUCUGCACCGGCUACUCUCAGGAACUCAGACCUGACCAGUCUCCCAAGCUGAUAGAGCCCAUUAUAAUGUCUUCCACUUCUGUCACACUGGAUUGGGAUUACGAUGAAAAUAAUCCCUCUAACCCAGGGUUCAUCACUGGUUACUUGGUAACAGUGCACAAGGUGUCAUCAACUGGUCAUGCACAUAGUCCAUUUAACAAGACAGUGGCAGACCCUCACAAUAAAUCCCUUACCAUAGUGGGACUGCAGGAUAACCAGGAAUACACAUUCCACCUGAGUGCACUCACCAAGGUUGGACCAGGACCACGAACCACUGUAACUGUCAGGACCCAGCAAAUUCAUAAGUCCAACACUGCCUGGACUUUAGACUCAACUCUCCUGGCAACUCCUCUGUUUCUACUGUUGGGGCUCUUCAUACUCCUGUGGCCAUUCUGCAAAAAGCUGAAACGUUGUCUUGUGGAGGUGUUUGGGUACCCGGCAGGGAUGAACAUCAAAGUCAUUGAACUGGACCACCGCCUACUCGAGACCAGUGAGAGGAUGUGGUGUCUCAGGGAGGAGGACUGUGUCUGUAGUAAUAUUGAAAUCCUAAACGUCAGUCAAACCAUUUCAGAGAGGACGCCUCUUAUUCAUCCCAAACUCCCCUACAUUUGCUCCUCCUCCACCACAAUUCCCUCCUCAUCUUCAUGCCCUGUGCACCAUUCCGCCUCAUUGCCCUCCCUCUCACCUUCAAAUCCAUCUCCUUUUCAACACCGGCACCCAAAAGGCUACCUUCCACAGACACCCACCGGAGUCUGGGAUUGCUCAGGCUGGACAGGACUCACCAAUAGGAGUUAUUUUCCCACUGGGGAGAUAGAGCAGCCAGUUGAGCUACAACCAUUCGGAGUCACAGACAGCAAUGACAUCUCUGUGCCACCAAUCACCCUCUCCAAUCUCAUCACCUGCAAGACUUCUGAGGAGCUGCAGUUAAGAAAAGGGUCACCAUGUAAGAAUAUUGAUGGAUACGCAGUCACUAAGUCAGUAGUUAAGUAGUUAGUCUGAUUCUAAAAGGUAAGGAGUCAAGAUGUUUUGGUGGAAUUUUUUGCUGUGAAGAUGGAUAUUACAAUGCAGGGUUCUGUAUCGGACUCUAUGUAAAGUAAAACAUGAAAUUAAUGGAUUAUUGAAUUUAACAAAUGUAUUAGUAAGUGUAAUGGAAUGUUCUGGGAUACUGGAUGAGUACUGAGUAAGCUGGAUGUGUUCUGCUUGAAUAAAUAAACUGUCUAAUCUAUUUUUUGGUGCCUGGAGGUACUGUCUGUGCUAGGCACAGCCUGGGGAGAGGUACAGAGACUGCCUGCAGCUGCGAUGGCUGAUUGAGAUAAGGGAGUGCAGAAAUAAGACUUCUCUUAUAAUCUCAGCAGCUGUUUUAAUAGCAGAAAUGCCUGGUUACAAAGUAUGGAAGGGAGCUUGCUUAGAAUGGUCAGAUCAGACACACCUGUAGUCAGUGAAGAAGGGUUAGGAGAGGGAGCUUGGAGUUUGUUUCAUUAUGAAAGGACUGAUGAACUGUAUUUUGCUGCCAUACCUCGUUGUACACUUUGUGUGUAA